UUGUCGUAUGAACUCAAUUCAAUUAAAGUUUAUUGUAGCUGACCCGUUUAGAUGCAUUUCCGCGAUUGUCCGUAGCGACUGUCGGAAUUCGGCUCUCUAGCGCAAGGUUGCUUUUGUGAGAGCUUGAACACGUCUGGAGUCUCCGGAUAUCGAGUUUCAUGGCUGCACAUCUGCCCAGUCUGGAACGCCAAGUAGAUAUGUGAUCGGGCGCUGCAUAGGACCUACCUAGGUAGGUAUCUACAGUUACUUACCUAUAAGCGAUGAUCUCACCGAGUGCCGAAGAGAGCCAAGUACACGUCCUCACAGGAUCUGCGUUCGCGGAGCUGUCGGCCAGCAAGGUAUCGCGCUUUACUGCCGCAUUUGACAACACGCGCGGUGCUCGAGUCUGGUCUCACAGCAGGCCAGCUGCGCGCGGUCGUGUCUGGGACCUGUUGCGGCGGAGAGCAGGGUCAGCAUCAGGCGAUGCCCCACCGGCAGGUGCGGGAGCCCUCGUGGCAGGAGCGUGGGCCGCUGCGGGCUGGUCGAAUGGCAGCCGCAAACGGCGACAGGCAGUGGCCGUGGCUGCCUCAACGCGUCGUAACGAGCGCUGGGCCGCCGACCAGGCGCUCGUCCAGCGGCUGCCUUCACCCCAAUCCUCAGCGCCGUUCUGCUGUUCUGCCCUCCUCCGCGUCCUCUGCCGAGCCAUUGCACUGCAGCGCUGCACCGCCCGACUGCCUCCCUGCGACCCUGCGACCCUGCGACCGCCGCCCAGCUCGAAACGCGCCCGCCGAGCCGCCCCCGCCGCCACCGACACUAUGACGAACUCGCUGGAGUCGUCGCGACCCAUGCUGGCCAGUCGCUGCAAUAAACUCGCCGCCGCGCCCGCUUGCCACACUCCCACCACCGCUUCCAUGUCGCAACCACAGUCUAACACGCACAAAUCGCAGUCGGCCGGCAACCGCGCCUCGACCCGCAUGUCCACGUACAGCGCCACGCCCACCCUCACGCCGUCCAUUGCGCCCUCGCACCUGUCCGACGCCUCGGCCACCACCGACCCCAAGUCGCAGGACAUCCGCACCUGGAACGCCGGCUUCGAGCGCCUCGAGGACAAGCGCCUCGUGCAGCAGCGCUACAUUCCCAGCGACAACAAGACGGCCGACAUGAGCAAGCUGGCCCUGGGGGCCAAGGUGCAGCGCGCCCUGGACCGCCGCAUGUCCAGCCAGGACGCCGUCUUCACCAACAAGGGCCUGAGCGAGAAGAAGAUCUCGGCGUAG